CUCCAAGACUUCGAUUCCGCUCCGCGAUCUUUUCAAUGUUCUCGACCCUCAUCACUGGUUCCAUCCUGGAGCGGUAGAGUGUCAAGCCUUCAUGCAGUCCUCGUCAUCCACAACAAGAAAGCAACAAACCUUCUGCGAAGCGACAAACGGAUACACGUACCGUAGUAGUCGAUUGCCUGCAUGAAAGCUUCUUCACUUGUUGACAGAACAGGGUAUAUCAGUUGCUGGGAAGGGGUAUCCACAUAGGACCAGGUGCUAGCAAAAGUUCCGUGGGUUGGGUAUCUUCUCGGAUCUUUCAGGUGAAGUCAGUUUCUGCUGUACAAGGGUAGACAAUAGUAGCUAUUAUUAAGGAGAGAAAGUCGACAAUAUACCCACGACAAUGCCUAGCAAAAAGGUAGAUAAACUAAAGGAUCAGCCUCAGGCGUUCCAAGACGCUCACAGACGUCUCAAGGCAAAUGAUCCCGACCUGAAAAAGCUCAAUCUGCAAGACCUCAAACUCAACGACAAGUCAGCUCAGGCGCUGGCCAAGGUUAUCUGGAAGAACCAGCAACUGGAGAACCUGAAUCUGGCCAAGAAUAAGAUUGGAGAUUUGGGCGCUUGGGAGCUUUCGGAAGCAUUAAAACUUAACAAGACCAUCAAGAUGGUCGACUUGAGGAACAAUCACUUUGGGGUGAACGGUGGAGCCGCGCUGGCAGAAGCUCUGCAGAAAAACAAGACACUGGAACGGAUUGUAGUAGACGCUGUGUGUUUUGAUGGCGACGCGGGAAAGAAGGCGUUGAUUGGCGCCCUCAAAGCCAAUUCCACACUCUGGCACACCAAUGUCAAAUCCGAAAAGGUCAUGUUUCUAGGCAACCAAUCCACAGUCGCCACGGCCUGUCGACGCUUGGCCAAGAAUGACAAAUCGCUCAAGUUCCUCAAUAUCAUGAAGCGCUCCUUAGGCAAUGCUCAUGUGAUGGCGUUGGCUGAAGCCAUGAACUACAAUAGAUCCCUGAUGAACCUCAACCUUUGGGACAACAAGAUACAGGACGGUGGGUUAAUUGCGCUGGCAGAAGUAUUGGCCAAGAACAAGGUGCCGUUGGAAAACUUGUCACUUCGUUGCAAUCAAAUCAAAGACAAGGGCGUCGUGGUGCUGGCAAAGUCUUUGGUCAGCAAUAAACGACUCUUAUCCUUAGAUCUGCGCGAGAAUAGCAUUGCAAAUCCUGGGGCCAAAGCGUUGGCUAAUGCUCUCAAGGAUCAUCCCGUGUUGCAAGAACUCUUCUUGAAUCAAAACAAGAUUGGAGACGAUGGUGCCGAGGCAUUGGGUAUCAUGUAUGGAGCUUGCCGCCUGAAGGUUCUCUACUUGGGAAACAAUGAGAUUGGUGAUGAAGGAGCCGUAUACAUAUCGGAAGGGAUGAAAACUAACACCACAGUACACGAACUGUUCUUAUCCAACAACAAUAUUGGAGACAUUGGGGCUCUGGCCAUUGCCGAUUCCAUCCCGCUCAACUUUGCCCUCAUUCGACUCUAUCUGACAAACAAGAAAAUGACCAAACGGGGAGAAACAGCGCUAGAAGAAGCAUCGUACAGCAACCAGUUCAUGAAGUGCUUGUACGUCACAGCAGGCAACUUGGCCCAUCCUGAUGGCGCCAGGAACGAAGACGACAAAAAGACACCCAAGCGAACAAAAUCGUUCCCAAAAGUUGCCACCAAUCCACCGCAGGCUGCACGGGCAGCACAGAACGGAUUGCCCACAGCAGCAAGUGUCUUUCGGGCGAGCUUGAGUCAGAAGAAACUAGGAUCGUAAACGGCGAUGCCGUUUUUCGAGAGAAAAAGGCCUCCGUGGCACCCUAACGACUCACAAUCAACACAAGCUGUUGAGAAGAUGUGUUGUUUUGCUUCUGGAGUUGGUGGCUCGUUUUGCAUGGUCUCCAGAAGGAUGGCUUGGGAAGGACUGGGAAAUGAAGAUGAUGCCGUUUCAUGAAGCACGAGGCUCCCACGGAAGGAGAACGGUGCAUCGACAAGAAGCAAAUUUUGUAACUGUCCGCAUCGUUCUACCUUAGCUAGCGGACCAAUGUCGACAGCAUCAAAAAGAAAGAAAGCGUUGGAAUGUUGGGGAAAACCGGUAUGCUUCCUCUCGUUGCGCGAGAGUGUGAUCUUCGAAUUGUUGGAUCAUGGCUGAGCUUUGCACGAUUCGACUCACUCUAAGAAUAGAACAUGUGUCCUCUUUUCGUUGGCUUUGAACAAUAGACAGUACCAACUCGCUCACGCCCUAUGGUGUAUCGUACUGCUAUCGUAAUGCACGGAGGUAGGUAGCUAGCUAGCCCUUCUCAGUCAGACAACACAAUCCAUACAGGAACAGCACAUUAUUUUCUAUCAUCAUAAUGUUAAUUUACACUAGCUACAUCCAACCGUCUGCAAAGUCAAU